AUGCCUGAGUACUACCCCGUAUACCUCAACCUGACCGGCAAGCGCUGCGUGAUAUUGGGCGGCGGAACCAUCGCCCAGGGCAAACUGGCAGCCCUGCGCGAUGCCGGGGCCGACAUCAAGCUAAUCAGCCCGCAGUGCACCGACGGCAUCAAGCGGGCCGCUCAGCGCGGACACAUCACGUUGGUCCAGCGGGCGUACCGGCCGGGGGAUCUGGACGGCGCCUUCAUCGCGGUGGCGGCCACCAACGUCUGGCACGUGAACCGGCAGAUCUACGAGGAAGCGGAAGCGCGCGGCGUUCUGCUCAACGUGGUGGACGACCCUGACCAGUGCACGUUCAUCGCCCCUUCGAUUGUCAGGCGGGACCCGAUCACGCUGGCGAUUUCCACGGGAGGAGCAAGCCCGGCCCUAGCCCGCAAGAUGCGGGAAACCCUUUCCGAAGACAAGGUACUGCAGUGGGCCGAGUUGGCGGAUGUGCUCGCCCGGGCGCGCAAGGUCAUCAAGGAGCAGCGAACCGUUAUCGACCCCACUCGGUGGCAGUGCGUCAUCACCGCAGACCUGCUGGCGAUGACCCGCAACGGGAAGGAUGACGAAGCGGUGGAACGGGUGCUGGCACAAUUGCUGGACGCCGAUCUUCCCGAAAUGUGCCCCGACCUGACGGCCUGCAAAGCCGGCGGGUGCGUCAAACGGGCCGCGCAGCGAGCAGCGGAGGCCGUGAGUUGA